UGUGCUCGGACGUCAUCUUUGUCCCUCCCUCUCCCUUAUCCUCUCACUCCUCCCUCUGUCUGCUCCUCUCGCUCCGUUCUCGUGCUGGCGCGUCCUCCUCCACCUCCGCCCGGCCCGACUCCCAGGAACACACAAGACGGGGAGACAUUUGCUGGGGAGAAGACGAAAAGGGGAAAUAGACUGAACAUCUGUUGUGGGUGGUGGGGGGGAGAAAUUUGGGGUCGCAUUGCAGUAUCUCACACAUUGUCCCAUGUGGAGACACUUUUCUGUUUUUACCCCCUCAUCAGUGUCUUUAUUGGGAGGAAAAACAAACUUUGUACGCCAUGUAAAGGUGUAAAAAUCUGAGCGGAUGCUAAACUCGGAUCCUACCGGUUGGGAAACAGGACCGUUAGGUUUCUAGCUAGUUAGCUAGCUAGGAGGGACCUGGACGACUUUGUGUGAAAAAUACAAACGUAUUUUUUUUUUUUUUAACCGCAAGCCGCAUUUCACGCUUCACUACGAGGAAAACACACCAAAGAUGCUGUUGGGGCUGAGCGAGUGGUUCUGGCAGGAGCGGCUGUGGUUUCCAGAGGGCCUGGGCUGGGCUGACCUGGAGGACCAGGAUGGACGAGUGUACGCCAAAGCCCACGACUUGUGGGUGGCGCUGCCCAUCGCCCUUAUAUUCCUCAUUAUCCGUCAGGUCUUUGAAAGGACGGUGGCUACACCCCUGGCUUCUCUGCUCGGGGUGAAAGAGACGGUGCGGCUCAGAGUCCCUCACAACCCCACACUGGAUUCCUACUACUGUAACAUUACCAAAAACCCCACACAGACUUCAAUAGCAAGUCUUUGCAAGCAGACCGGCCAUUCAGGAAGACAAGUGCAGCGAUGGUUCAGGAGACGACGGAACCAGGACAGGCCGAGUUUGCUCAAAAAGUUUCGAGAGGCCAGUUGGAGAUUUACCUUUUACCUUCUUGCUUUCAUUGCUGGCCUGGCCUCCCUCAUCGAUAAACCUUGGCUGUAUGACGUGAAGGAGAUGUGGCAAGGUUUCCCUGUGCUGACUCUCCUGCCAUCUCAGUAUUGGUACUAUAUGAUUGAGCUGGGUUUCUACAGCUCUCUGCUGUUCAGUGUGGCUUCUGAUGUCAAACGCAAAGACUUCAAGGAGCAGAUAGUCCACCAUGUGGCUACCAUCCUCCUCAUCAGCUUCUCCUGGUGCGUUAACUACAUCCGUGCUGGAACUCUCAUCAUGCUGGUUCACGACUCCUCCGAUUACUUCCUGGAGUCUGCAAAGAUGUUCAACUACGCUGGGUGGAGAAAUGCCUGUAACUACAUCUUCAUUGUAUUUGCUGCAAUCUUCAUCAUCACUCGGCUGGUCAUCUUCCCCUUCUGGAUUAUUUACUGUACUUGGGUUUACCCAGUGACCAUCUAUGAACCCUUCUUUGGCUACUACUUCUUCAACGGACUUUUGAUGACUCUGCAGUGUCUUCAUAUCUUUUGGGCUGUGCUCAUUAUACGCAUAGCAAUCCGCUUCCUCACCCACAAUGAAAAAGUGGACGAUGAAAGAAGUGACAAAGAUGAAACGGAUGAGUCAGAAGAGGGGGAGGGAGAGGAGGAUAAAAAGGACAUGAAGAAAAAUGGGCCGGUGCAGAACGGUCACACGGUCCACAACAACAACCACAGCAAGACAGAGUGAAAGCAAACAAGUGUCAGGACGAACAAACGCGAGAAGGACUCAUAUCCCUCGGUGGGGGAGCAGGAGGGAGGGAUGAAAAGAGAGAGAAAGUAGAAAAGGAUUGUGGGUUAGCGGGGGGGGGAAGCCAUUCCCCGAAAGCCAAGAACAGCAGGUAUCCUGAGGAAAUUUGACACUGUUACUUUUUGCACAACACAAAAACACACUCGCACACAGUCAUUCGUCCCUUAGAGGGCGCAGCGGUCCGGCAGAUGAUACACACUACAUUAAGUGGCAAGGCUGUUUAGCUUUGUCAUGAAAAGAAAAUGUGUCGUUGUCAGUUUGUGAUGUCAGUCCAAAUGUUUCAUAGAGAUAGGGCAGAAAAUGGACAGAGGAGGGGGUGAUGGUGCUUCUUCUUAGCUUUCCUUGUUCUGUGUGCCUUAGAGCCAGCUAAUGGCUGUUAAAAUGCCAUUUAAAAAGAAAAAAAAAGCUUUCUGCUUUAAUCUGGUGUUGCUUUAUUUUGUUGCAUCUUUUUUGUUUUCUAAUAGAAGAACAAAAGAGAGUGAAAUUGAGACAACAGGGCAUUUAAUUCCCUAAUUUUUCUGUCUAUGCAAUUACGUAAGUGUUCAGCUAUUGCACCGUCUUUGCACAAACAUACAGUGUCUCUGAUAUACUGGAAUAGCGAACAGCGGGACUACAUGCCUCUGCUCUCCAGCGCGGCCUCUGCCAUUUAAAAAAAUGUCUGCCUUUUAAGGUUUAAGGAGUAAAUUUAGUGUCAUUUCCGUCUAUAAACAUAAAGAACAUCUUGCUUUCUUGUUUUAAUCGAUGUUCUAUUCUUAAGCCAGCAUAGCUCUUUAUUGUAAAACUCCUUCUUCCAGAAGAGAUAUCUGACCUGCAAAGGUUGUCAUUCUCAGUUCUUUUCUGUUGGAGCCGUCAGAAACACCCAGAAACGAGUGCUGAGCACAAACACUGCAAUAUAAAUCUCAGCUUCCUGCUAGUUUUUGACGGAGUUGAAUGUUUUUCCUCUCUGGUUUGGCUAUAGCGGUUUGAUCCGGUUGAGUCGGGAAUCAUGCUGAUGCUGCCGCCCGCUGUAAACCGAUGACUCUCAAUAAAAUCAUUGCGGCGGUGGGUUGCGUUCAGAUUUUACAAAUGGGGGCCAGAUUUCCUCAAUUCACUGCCUUGUAGCCUGGGUUAUGUUUGUUAACCUGGGUUAGAAUUUUAAUUGUAGAUCUAACUGAAUGAUUUUAGGUAUGAUUGUGUCUAUGAAACUGGUUUUACAGGUGUUGUUAUUCGAUGUUCAGGGGGUAAAAGAUGUUGAAAUAAUUUUCUAGCAGUUUAGUGUUUGAGACUUGUGAGGAUUCCAGAAAUGAAUGUUGCUGUUUUGUUGUUAUGCUUUGAAGUUGUUUGUAUGUGAAGUGCCUUAUCCGUAAAGUAUGGGAAGCUCUCUCUCCUGCCGCUCGUUUUCUUUCCUGUCUCCACCUCACAUCACAGAUAGUAUGUCCUCCCUCCACUGUCUCAUCCAUCGCUCACUCCGCUUCCUUAUAGAUUACCUUCCUUUCAAACUCACCCUCAUUCCACCACCACGUUGUUUUUUUACUAACCCAGACCAACCAGCAACCUCUCUUCCCCGGAGAUACAGAAGAAACUGCUGUGUCCUAAUUACAGUGUUAUUUUUUUCUUAUUUUGUCAAAGUAUUGUUAUUAAUAAUAAAAGCAAAGACGAAUCACAAUGAAAGCACCUUUGAACCAUUAAGUCUGCAAACAUCACAAACGGUAAAUAUUUUAAGUUUCAAACUUCCAGUAAAUAAAACAUUAGAACAUUAAA